AAUAGGCGGUGUUAACGUAACUUAUUUAGUUUCAAUCAAUUAAAGUAUUUUCAAUGAAAUUUUUACGCUAAAUAAGAUUAAUAGUUACAUUUAACAAGUUCUUUCAUAGUUAAGUGAAAUAACAACACCAAUGUGCCGGAAUUCCGUGUUUUAGUAACACAAAAUCAGGCGUUUCCAUGGGCGUUAACUUCAGGCAGCCAACUAAAUCUGAAUUAUGAAUUUCAUAUCAUUAUACAUAUCAUUACUGAUAUUACAAUGCUACGGCCAAGAUUACAAUCCCACUUAUGACCCGAGUCAGCCAAGCCCAACAAAUGACUACUACAACACAAAUCCAAAUGACCCAAGAGAUGACAAGCGAUAUGAAAAUCCUUAUGACGCUCGGAACCCAAAUCAGUACAAUAAUCCAUAUGACACCAGAAAUCGGUACCCAGACCGGUACAAUCAGUUUGAUAAUAGAAAUGAUCUAAAUUAUAAUCAGAAUAGGAAUGAUUUGAAUUUUCCACAAGAUGUGACUCCAAGAGCAUCGUGGGACACACAGAGGUCGUACAGUAGUCCUGGCGCUAAUGUGGAAUUGGAAGGACUUAUUGUGAGAGAAGCCACAUACUUCAUAGUUGCCUCCCGCAUGGUCCGGCCGGGGCAGAUCUACAAGAUCUCCGCGAACAUCCUGCGCGCGCGCAUGCAGAUGACGGUGCGCGCGUCGAUCUCGCGCGACGGCGUCGAGAUGACCGACGUUAGCAUGAGGGUCAAAGAGGGGGUGCCCGAGAUACUUAAUUUGAGAGUCCCAGCGACAGCAGUUCCUGGCGACUACAAGCUCCGCAUUGAAGGCCUGUACCUGGACAACCCGUUCGGCGGGCGCGCCUUCGUCAACGAGACCGCUCUGUCGUUCUCUCGCCGCUUCAUGACUAUCUUCAUACAGCUGGACAAGCCCGUCUACAUGCAAGGACAGACCGUGCGUUUCCGCGCGAUCCCCAUCUCGACGGAGCUGAAGGCAUUCGGGCGCGCCAUCGACGUUUUCAUCCUGGACCCCAACGGCCGCAUUAUGAAACGGUGGCUUUCGAGACAGAGUAACUUCGGUACAGUGAGUCUGCACUACCAGCUUUCCGACCAACCUCUAUUCGGCGAGUGGACCAUCCGAGUAGAAGCACUAGGUCAGACAGAGGAAGCUCAGUUCUUGGUGGAAGAGUACUAUCAGACCAGGUUUGAGGUGAACGUGACUAUGCCUGCGUUCUUCUUCAACACUGAGCAAUACAUCCACGGACGCAUCAUGGCGAACUACACCUCAGGAGCACCCGUUAGAGGCAACCUUACUCUCAAGGCUACCGUCAGACCGAUACCGCAGUACCGCCCGCGGUACUACAGGGAGGGCCAGUUCAAUAAUAGGGGACAGUUUGGAGUACCGCCUGUGGGGUACAACAAUAAUCAAUAUUCGAGAGUCCGUCCAAACUUCAAUCCGUACUUAUACAACGAGAGCUACCAGCAAUACGAGUACGGGUUCCCAGACGAAUACGCCAGACCAGACCAUCGACAUUUGCCAGGGCAACCUAACCAGAUAGACCAGCCUGACUGGUGGUACGAUCCGCAGAAGGUCUACACUAGGAUGUUCAACUUUGAUGAAAAGUACCCAUUCUGGAUGGAGAAACCCCAUUUGUACGACAACCAGUACGGCUCCGAUUACGCUAACCAGUACAACACGUACAACACACAGAACAACAUCAACACGCAGUACAACAACUACUACAACAAUCCAGCAUACUACGAUAAAUUGCCGUACUUGAGAUAUUUCAAUGGUACAUUCGACUUCAAAUACCCAAUGUCGGAGCUAGCCCAGCUGGUACCUACACUAGACGGCGUGGAAGUCAUCAUCACAGCAUCCGUCGGAGACCCGUACCUGGAUGACGUCAUCGAAGGCUACAGUAUCGCGAGGAUCUUCAACUCUUCGCUGGCUGUGACGUUCCUCGGUGGGACACCUCAGGUGUUCAAGCCUCACAUGCCUUUUGAUGUCUACAUGGUCGUAUCCUAUCACGAUGGAUCUCCACUACCGCGCUGGCAGGCGGUCGGCGUAUCACUCACCGUACACAUCACAGUUGAGGGUCGCGGCGGCGGCAUAGAACCCCAGUACCCCACGCUCGUACCCGGCCACGACGCAGUAUGGCGGCUCAAAGUCGACUUGUAUAAAUUACUCAAACUCCAAAAUGACCCUAAUUACCGCGACGUGCUGAACGGCGUGACGGGCGUGCGGCUGAGCGCGGCGCUGAGCGACGGCGGCGGCGCGCGCGCCUCCGCCGACCUGCACGUGGUCGCGCACUACAGCCCCAAGCACCAGCACAUUAGGAUAUCCACCAGCACCACGGACGCUAGGGUGGGCGAAUACAUAAUAUUCCACGUGCAGAGCAACUUCUACAUAGAAUCGUUCAACUACGUCGUUAUGUCCAAAGGCAUCAUACUGACCAGUGGACAAGAAAAUAUGGAGGACGGCGUGCGAACGUUCGCGGUGACGUUGUCAGCGGAGAUGGCGCCCGUGGCCACGAUCGUGGCGUGGUGCGUGGAGCGCCACGGCCGCGUGCUCGCCGACUCGCUCACCUUCCCCGUCAACGGCAUCUCCAGGAACAAGUUCUCAGUGUCGAUUAACAAUCGCAAACAUCGCACGGGUGAGCGAGUGGAGGUCGCCAUAUACGGCGAGCCCGGAGCGUAUGUCGGUCUGUCGGGCAUUGACAACGCCUUCUACACCAUGCAGGCUGGCAACGAACUUACUUACGCUAAGGUUAUAUCUCAAAUGUCCCACUUUGACGAGGCGACCAAUGGCACUUUUGCGUACACAUGGCGUUCUCACAUCGGCGUCGCGGACCAGCUGGUUUACUUCCCCUCCUCUACUUUUGGAAUCGACGCGAAUACUACCUUCGAGUACGCCGGCCUCGUGGUGUUCAGCGACGUGCCGGUGACGCAGCGACCGAACACGUGCAACGCGUCGCUCGGGCUCGGGACCUGCCUCGAGGGCGGCUGCUACCAGUUCAGCAAGCGCUGCGACGGCGUCCCCGACUGCGCCGACCACACCGACGAGGCCAACUGCCAUCACGACAACAGUUUCGAGCUGUCCCACUUCCGCAAGUUCCGGUUCAACCGUGUCCAACGCCAGUACGACAACGUGUGGCUGUGGCGCGACGUGAACAUCGGUCCGCACGGCCGCUACGUGUUCACGGUGGACGUGCCGCAGGUGCCGGCGCACUGGACCGUGUCCGCCGUCAGCAUGUCGCCCACCAGUGGGCUCGGCAUGCUAAAUGAGCCGGAGCAUGUGAGUAAAAGUUUCGUUUUUGCCCUAAGCAUAUUCAGUGUUCAGUGUACUAAGAAAAACAACGGUCAACGGUGUAGGAGCCUUGAGCAUCCUAAUUUAUUCCAUAUGAGAAACUACAUCGGUCCGCACGGCCGCUACGUGUUCACGGUGGACGUGCCGCAGGUGCCGGCGCACUGGACCGUGUCCGCCGUCAGCAUGUCGCCCACCAGUGGGCUCGGCAUGCUAAAUGAGCCGGAGCAUCACCCUAAAUUAUUCCAUAUGAGAAACUACAUCGGUCCGCACGGCCGCUACGUGUUCACGGUGGACGUGCCGCAGGUGUUCGCGCACUGGACCGUGUCCGCCGUCAGCAUGUCGCCCACCAGUGGGCUCGGCAUGCUAAAUGAGCCGGAGCAUCACCCUAAAUUAUUCCAUAUGAGAAACUACAUUGGUCCGCACGGCCGCUACGUGUUCACGGUGGACGCGCCGCAGGUGUUCGCGCACUGGACCGUGUCCGCCGUCAGCAUGUCGCCCACCAGUGGGCUCGGCAUGCUAAAUGAGCCGGAGCAUGAUGGUGUAGGAGCCUUGAGGUACUCCAUAUAA